AAUCUCUUAUACUCUUUGUCUCUCUCUCUCCGAGAUCAAUUCCCAUUCACAUUCUCUCCAAAAUUAUCUCCUUCUUUAGCGUGGAAUCAGGCUUUCAUUACUGUCUCUUCUCUCUUCCUACACCCAACCCCAACCCCAACCCCAACACUCUCAAUUAUCAUUUGUACUCCCAAUCACAAACAGUUUUACUCAUUUCUUUUCUUCCUCCCCUCCCCCCAACACCCAUCAAUUUUCCCACUCUUCUCACACUUAAUUUUAUCUUCAUCGAUCAAUUUUCAGACACUUUAAUUCCUAUUACAAAAAACAAUGAGCAAUAGCAGAAGAUCUUCUCUCAUCGAUCAUCAUCAACAUCACCGCCAUCAUUACAAUUAUCCUUCUUCUUCCUUCUCUUCUUCUCUUCUUGAAGAGAUUUAUCGUUCUUUUGAUGAAAAUGAGGUUGAUACUACAACUAAUAAUAAUCAUAGGAAGUCACUGAAGAUGAUGAAUAAGAGUAAUAGUUGUUAUAUGGAGAGGGAAACCCGAUUUGAAGAUCAUGAUAGAUUCAGGGUUAAUCGAUAUGUUUUAGAUCAAUGGAUUGAAGGUAAUAACAACAAUGAGAAGACUAUUAAGCUUCGAAGAAAUUCAAUGGCUGCUAUGAAUAAUUCUACUGUUAAGUUUAAUUCAUCUUCUUCUUCUAGCUCCUCUGAUUCUAGCUCUGGAAUCGGUGGAUUUUCUUCUUCGGAUACUGAUUCCUUUUACGGAGCUUCAAAAUCGAAAUCCAAGAGUUUCACAUUAAAACCUAUAAAAACGUCGGUAAAUCAGCAGGAAUUAUUUCAAAGGAAUAAUAAUAAUAAUAAUAAUAAUAAUAAUAAUAAUAAUAAUAAUUACUCCGAUGAAAUUUCAUCUAAGAAGAACAAAGAAGGAAAUCUUCAAAAAAGAGCCUUGAAGCUGUAUGGCGAUUUAAAAAAAGUGAAACAACCGAUUUCACCAGGCGGAAAACUCGCGAGUUUUCUCAACUCGUUAUUCAACUCAAACGCAUCCAAAAAACCGAAGAUCUCAUCAUCAAUAACCUCAUCCAACGGUCAGAAAUUCUGCACGUCAACACCAUCAACAGCAUCUUCCUACUCCCGUUCAUGCCUCAGUAAAACGCCGUCGUCCGCCGGAAGGUUCGAGAGACGGUCAGUAAGAUUUUGUCCAGUUAAUACCGUAAUUUCCGCGGACAAAGAAUACAAAAUUGAUCAAGAUUACAAACAAGAAUUAAAAGUUGAGAUAAUGGAGAAGCAUAGAAGAGUAGAGGAAGUUGCUAAGGAACUGUUAAAGAAUUAUCAUGGAAGAAAAUAUCAAAGCGACGUUAACAAUAAUUUGCGACGCUUUGAGGUUGAAGAUGAGGAAGAAGAUGAUGAUGAUGUUAGUUGUUGUAGUUCUGAUCUUUUUGAAUUAGAAAUUGGGGGUGAUAGAAGGUAUUAUCAUGAAGAAUUACCAGUGUAUGAAACUACUCAUGUUGAUACUAAUAGAGAUAUUGCUAAUGGGUUUAUUUUGUAAUUUUGUGGGGUGGUUAUUAUCAAUUAAUUAAUCUUAUAGUAUUAUUAUUAUUAUUAUUUUUAUCAUUAUUAUUAUUAGGAGUAUUAUUAUGAUAUAUAUUAAUUGAAUAUAUGAAUAUGUUGUUAAUUACGUUAAUAUAAUGUUAUUACUAA